AUGUCGGGACACCGCACUCAUAUACGUAUCCAUCACAACGAGCGCGACGAAAGCAUAACAGAUAGUUAUUCAGAGGGCGACACGGGACCGAGCGAGGAAUCUCAAGAAGACGAGGACUGGACAGAUUCCUACGACGAAGUUGACCCGGAAGAUUCAGCCUCCAGCCCUGCUGCAAGGCAGCGCUCUCAUAGUCGUCAACGCCAAUCGAUUCGACGACACAAGCUUCCUCAGAGACCGGUCUCCCAAUACGACCCCCGGGCGCCUCACGGGCCUGUCAGCCUGGAUUCCUCGGACUAUUAUGACUACUCCGGCCGUGGUGCUGUGUAUGCACCACCGGCCGGUGGCCCCUAUUACGGCGGACGAGGCCCUCCGCCCGGCAAUUUUCCUCCUCAGCAAAGCCAUGUUGGUGGCUAUGGUGGCCCCUACAAUCAGGUUGUGCCGUUCCCAGGAGGCCCUGGGUACGGAAGUUCGAACCCGUUUGCACCAUCGCACGGGAAUGGAGGCAACUACUUCAACAACGACCACCACUGGGGAAGGCAAAACGAGAUGGCGCAGUAUGGCCAGAACUUUUACCCACCCGGGUAUCACCUGCCAACCCACAUGCAACAAUAUCAAUGGCCACCAGCCCCACCCCCACCACCGCCUACCGACGUUGGACGACCACGCACGCCUGCGCCUGCGCCCGCACCUGCGCCUGAACCACCGAAGGUAGAUCCGGAAAAGGAGGAAAUGAAGAAGCGACUAGCUCAAAUAGAAGAAGCUCAAAGACAGAAGGAAGUUGAAGCCAAACAAAAGGAAAUCGAGAAACGCAUCAGGGAAGAGGAAAAGGCGGCGUUCGAACGCAAAAUGGAGCAAAUAAAGAGAGAUGAGGCAGUUCGGGCGGAAGCGACGAAAGCUGCCGCCGCGAAGGCGAAAAAAGAACUCGAGGAGGCGCGGAAGGAUGCCGAGAGGGCAGCGCGUGAAGCCGUCGAAGCGGAGAGGAAAGCAGAAGCGGAACGCAAAAAGCGAGAGUCGGAGGCAUAUGCUCGUGCUGAACGAGAUGCGCGCGAUAAACUUGAAGCUGAGCGAAAGGCGGAAGAGGCAAAGAAGAAGAAGGAAGCAGAGGCUGCAGCUGCCGCGGAAGCGGCCGCCAAAAUCAAGCUGGAGGCUGCUCUCAAAGCUGAACGUGACGCCAAGGCUGCCGCUGAGAAGAAAGUCAAGGAAGAACUAGAGUGGCGGAAGAGGUUGGAGGAGGAAGCCAAGCUCAAGGCCGAAAUCGAAGCACGCAAGAAGCUCGAAGACGAGAAGAAGAAGGCGGACGCGGCCAAAGCGGCAGAAGAUCAGAAGAAGAAGGACGACGAAGCCUUCAAGAAGAAGGCCCUAGAGGAGGCCAAGGUCAAGGCAGACGAGGCGAUGAGGAAGGGCCUUGGCAAAGACAAGGCCCCAAUAAGGUUCAAAGACGCCGUCGGGAGGAAGUUCAGCUUCCCUUUCCACAUUUGUCAGAACUGGCAGGGUAUGGAAGAGCUCAUCAAGCAAGCCUUCUUGCACGUGGAUGUCAUCGGGCCUCAUGUCCAAGCCGGGCACUAUGACCUUAUUGGACCCAACGGCGAGAUCAUUCUUCCUCAAGUUUGGGACAAAGUCAUCGAACCUGACUGGGCGGUUACCAUGCACAUGUGGCCCAUGGAUCGGCCACCUCCGGGAAUGGCCCGACCCGGGGGUAUGCCAGCUGGGCCCGGGGGUAUGAGACCCGGGGGCAUCCCAUUCUCCCCUGCUGCCCGUCCACAAGGUGGUGGUCAGGGGCCCCCUCCCCCACCUCAUCAUGGAGGAGGAGGAGGUCUUCAUGGUCUACGGCCCCAGGGACAGUUUAGACCAAUGGAUCGUGGGCCGGGGGGGCCCCCAGUCAUUAUUCCGGUCCAUAAGCCGAAAAAGACGAGUAAGGGCGGUAACAAAGGCAUGCUUUCGUGGCUUGGUGGAAGCAAGCCAAAACCCAGCAAGAGUCGAAAGCCGAGAGCUUAA